GCGAGACGGCGGGCGCGAGGCGCGCGUGUCCUGUGAGGAAGGGGCGCGGCCGCGUCCACGCGUGGCCCCUGGUGCCGGUCCCCGUCCUGUCCUCGGGCCCCUGGGGACCUCGGCGGCAGCCUCCCCCACCCCGCCGGCAGGGUGCCCAUGAGCUCUCCGUUGGCCACCCCGAGGCUGCUGUACCGCAGCACCCGCCUGCUCCGCACGGCCUUCCAGCACCUCCACCAGCAGCAGCAGCGAGCGGAUGUCUUUUGCGAUGUGGUCCUGCAGGCUGAAGGUGAGGCAGUGGUGGCCCACUGCUGCGUCCUCUCCGUUGGCAGCCCCUUCUUCAUGGAGCAGCUGGGCCGGGAGCUGCCCCCCCGGGGUCACAGGGUGGUGCUGGAGCUGGGGGGGCUAAAGAUCUGGGCGCUGCGCAAGCUGGUGCGCUUCCUCUACACCGCCGAGCUGGAGGCCACACGGGAGGAGGUGCAGGAGGUGCUGGCAGCUGCCCGACGCCUCCGUGUCACCGAGCUCGAGUCACUGCAGCUGCGGGGGGGACGCCUGGUGAGGCUGGGACCCCAGCGGCAACUCGACCGCUCCUGCCUGCGCCCCCCCCAGCAUGGCUCCCCCAUGGCAGAGGGUGGCAGCGCCCAGCCCGGCACUGCCGGCAUCCCCCCCGGGAGCACUGGUGUGUCCCCGCAGGGGUGGCCAUCCUCUCCAGGCACCACACGCUCCAGCCCCGGCCCCGUGGGGCGGGUGAAGCUGCGGAAGGUGGAGAGCAGGGGGUGCUGGGAGGUGGUACGGGAGAGGCAGCCCCCCGCUAUGCCCAGCCCUGUGGCAGCGAGUGACGGGGAGGUGACAGAACUGCAGCCCCCGCCGGAUGUGGGUGCACUGGGGCGAACAGACAGGCGCUCCGCUGCCCGGCGGCCCCCCCGGGCGGCCUGGAGGAAGCAGAGCCAGGUGUCCCCCACACCCCAGCAGGGCUGCAGGCAGGUGGUGCCACCAGGGGGGGACCCAGGCGACCCCGAGGAGGAGGAGGUGGACGUGGGGAUGGCGGAGCCGUGCCUGCCCCCCGGCACCGUCUGUGUCUGGCCCUGCCCCUCGUCUGAGUCGGAUGAGGAGGUGGACGUCCUCACCUAG